AUGCUGAAAUACUUCCUGUUGCUCAUUCUAGCAACCUACAUAUUUUCUACAACGAAUUCUGAAAUCUCUGAACCGUGUGUGAACAGUGGGAACAGAACAGUUUGUUAUUGUACCAGGAAUAAAACUUAUGUGAAUUGUUCUUCACAAGGAUUAAAAAAAAUCCCACAAAUUAAAUUCAAAUAUAAAGUACUAGACUUCAGUAAUAAUGCACUUAGACACUUAAACAGUUUUAUGUUCACUUUAUUUCCAAAUCUACAGAAACUUUAUAUCGACAGAAAUUGCAUAUACAAAAUUGCUAGUAGCAGAAUAGAUUGCCUCAAGAAACUCAAAUACCUGAAUAUAUCUGAAUUGCACAUGGAGAUUAUACCAAAUAAUCUGUUUAGCAAAUUAACUUCACUGAGAAGAUUGUAUAUUGAACAUACUGAAUACAAUGGAAUUACCAAAAUCCCAGCGAAUUAUUUGUCACCAUUGAAGAAACUGCUACAGCUCUAUCUAAACGACAACAAACUAUCAAAAAUCAACGAGGGCGACCUUCCUAAAUCUUUAGAAAUCAUCAAUUUAGCCUUUAACCCACUUACUCGUAAUGACAUCACCUCUGUCCCGUCAUUUUGCAAUGGGAAAGAACCCAUUUUUCCGAACUUGAAAAAUCUAUACCUGGACAAAAAUUGCUUAUUUCACAUCACACCUGAAAAUAUCGAUUGUUUGAAAAAUCUAGAAAGUCUUAAUAUAUCGCAGACAAAUAUGCAUUACUUGCCCGAUAACAUGUUCAACUCUUUAACAUCUUUGAGAACGUUGUCAUUGGAAUAUACCGGUUUUAACGGAAUCAAGCGCGUGAAUCCCGACUUUUUCGCACCUUUGAAAAAACUCAAAAUUCUUUAUUUGAAUGGAAACAAAAUCACCCGAGUGUACGAAAACGAUUUGCCUGAAAAUUUGGAAGUUUUAAACUUGAGUUAUAAUCCAUUUAUUUGUGACUGCAAACUA